AACCUUUACCAUACACACUAUACAGACCGCUUGCGACGCGCGCAAUAUGAAACAAUCUUGCCUAGAUAUCUAAUCUUUUCACAAAUACAUUAAUUACCUAUAUCUUAUAAAUUGAACAGUGAAGAUAUAUGUAGAUCGUAAACAAGUGAUAAAAUAAAUCAAUAAUAAGUUAUCGGAAUUGAUUUAUGUAAGUACCUAAUGUGGAAGAUUAGAGGAUUAAGAAACAAGAUAAUGUUUUAAGGUCACGGUGAAAAUAAUUUGAAUGAAUUAAGUAAACUACAAUGUGGCGGGUUGUUCUAUAUUCUAGUGCAAUUAUUUUCAUUUUGGUGAGUCAUCUUGACACUGCCCCAGUUUACCCAAACUCAGCGCGUGGGCCGCGGUACACAGUGAGUAAUGGGCACGAGAUGGCGAAGCCGUACGUGGAGGUGCGGAACGGGACAUACCACGGCAGCGGGCCGCGCGAGGAGGCGCGUGCCAUGUGCUCGGUGAAGACGCUGGAGGUGAAUGCCACUGCCAACGCCACCAUCACCAGGAGGCUACAUGGAGUCGUUACUUCAAGAGAGCUGCACAGCUCGAUCCAGCGGCUAGAGGUGAUCAUAUAUGGGCAGAUGCAACAGCUGUGGCAGAGCCUGGACGCGUUGCGCGCGCAGCUAGGCGCGCGCGAGCCGCUCCCGGACCGCCGGAGCGUCGUGUUCCGGUUCAAGCCGGAAGGGUAGGCCCAUUGGUGCAAUGAUAUACUGUGUCCGGUAUAAAGGGGUUAUUCCCACUAGUUACCACCAAGUUGUUACCAGUGGUAACUACUGGGAUUUUUUUCCCACCUUUUACCACUGGUAACUACUGGGA